AUGCAUCUCUUCCGCACCCCCUCACUCGUCUCCAUUAUCUGCAUUUUGUUGCAAAGCCCUAUCAUCACUAGCGCUACGCCUGUCUCAUGUUCAGAGAGGACUCGUGACUUGGUUCUGAGAGGGGACCUCGACCCUUCGGCAUGCUGCUCUUACGGCAUGUGUAAAGGAGACGUGAACGUCCGAGGUGGCUAA